AUUUGUUAGACUGUUUGUUGAGUUAAACUCGCGCUCAACAUUAUCCUUGAUUCUUCAUAUGAGUUUACAUUGAAGCUUUUCUUUUUUUCCUCUUUUCUCUCUUUCUUUCUCUCUGUCCCUUGCCUUUUCUUCUUCCUCAUCAUCCUCAUCAUCAUCUUGAUAAUCAUCAUCUUCUCAUCGUCGUCUUCUCUUGUUGUGUGUGUCUACCAUAUAAAAAAGGGAAAGUGAUGGAUCGAUGAUGAAAGAAAAUGGCCGCAUCUUGUGCCGGUUUACGCCCAUAUAUACAAAUUGUUUACUAUUUUUUGACAAUUGUUCAUCUUAUUUCCAGGAAUAAGGUUCUUUCUGAACCCAAUAAAAGAUAUCACAUGUCAACACUUUGUAUGAGGGAAAAAUAUACGCCAUUGUCCAAGCAGAUUGAUGGAGCAGUAAUUACAUCUUCUCGUGAUGAAAAUAUGAAUUGUACUUUAACAUUUCAAACGGAGCUUGUCUCUCAACGAUUCAUGCUUCGGUUUGAUGACCUUCGCCUUGACUGUUAUGAUCACCUUUAUGUGUAUGACGGUGACGGUUUUGCAGGUCAAUCAAAGGUGAACCUUUCAUGUCGCAGUACAAGAGGUGAUUACGGGCUAAUCUUUUUUCAUAGUAACUAUGUUACCUUAAAGUAUCAAACUGACCAAUGGAGUCAAUCAGGAGAUGGCUUUACAUUGGUAAUCACUGCCGUAAGGGACACUCCCGACUGUCGGAGUUUUAAAUGUCAUAACACGUAUUGCAUAUCGUAUGAUCUUAUUUGUGAUGGAGUUGAUCAUUGUGGUGAUAAUAGUGAUGAAACAAAUCCAACUUUUUGUUUAGCCGAUGAAGAAGAAACUGGAUCAAUUUUAGGUUUACCGAUAACUGUUUUCAUUGGCCUAGUAAUUACUGUAUUCCUUAUGUGUCUAUCCUGUGUUUUAGGUUUAGCAAUUUAUUUGUGUAAACGUGAACAGCAAAUGCACCAGCAACAUCAAAGGAUGACACUUCAUCAGGCAACUACACCUAUUUUAGCUCAUCCCGCUUCAUAUAAUGGGACUAUGGGCUCAACAUUAAGCCCUCCAAGCCAAAGAUUUGCCACAUUGCCUUUAGAAAAGAUGAGGGAAAAACCUCCUCCUUAUCCUGGUAAUAUGUAUGCUCCAUCGUUGAUGAACAACGCAACUAGUAACAAUCAUAUAAUAGGCAAUUCAACAACACCGGUUCAACAAGUUGUUUAUUAUUCAACAAAAUGACGCUCGAUAAAACCAUUUUAGCCAAUUUUUAAUCUAAUUAACCAAUUAUAACAAUUACCAGCAGAAGGAAAUGUAAUGUUAAACCACAAGCAAAAAAAACCAGUAAACCAACAAUUUUUAUGUGUAUUAUUACCAAUUUACCAGUUGCAAGGAAACAAGAAAGGGAAUAAAGAAGGAGCGAAGAGAAUGCUUAAAAUUAAUAAUACAUAAGCAAAAGCAGUGAAUUGCUUUCAAGAACAUUCAAAGGAAUAAAGCAAGUUCCAACAUCCAACAUUAAACCAAUCAAAGAUUCAACCUGGAAAAUACACUGGAUUGAACUCUGAUUUAAUGAAUGCUUACAUCAGCGGUAAAUUGGAUUGUUUCAUGAUGGUGUUGAAUUUUGUCAAUUUCAUGGUUAAUCGAUUUCUUCAAUUUUGAUUAUCCGUUUACCGGACACUUUCUGGUCAUCAACCAAACUGUUUAAUCUCCCUUCCAUCAACUUUAAUGGCAUCUCAAUACACCCAAUUUGAUACAGAUAUAUAUAUUAUACAAAAAAAACACAAACUCAAUGAACUCACAAAAUCUUAUAUAAUUUAAAAUUGUAUUUAUAUGCAUAUAAAUAUAUAUAAAUACUAAGUAUAUAUUAAUAUGUAUAUAUGUAUGUAUCAUGUAAACGAAGAUUUUCCUUAUCGUUUUCUCACAUUUAUUUUAUUUGUUGUAUGGUUUGUAGUGAUCAGAAAUGUUAAUUGAAAACGAAGGAGUCAUUAUAAUGGAGAUAAUUACGUGACCCAAAAAUAUCCAUUUUGUAUACCCUUAGGACCAUUCAUCUACAUCAAUGAAAAAGACAAACUACGACAAAUUCAUUCUUAAAAAAACUCAUGCAUCCAUGUAAACCCUUUUAAUCGUCUAAUGCCAAUUUCCAUGGGAAGGAGAACAAAAAGAAAUGAUUCCAUCUUGAAAAGCUGUUCUUGCUUUACCAUCUCUAAUCAAACUGAUUUACAUCAUGAUGAACAUAUAUCGUAAUUUAUAUGUGUAUAUAAUUACAACUAUCCACAUUAUAAACCUGGAUAAAUAAUUACAAGUGGUCAAGACCAAGGAAUGCAAGUCACUUUAGGUGGCCAUUGGCCUUUUUUGUAUAAUCAAGCGAAAUCAACAAACCAAAAAACAUACCGAAAACAAACCUGAAUCCGUCAAAAUCUCAAUUGAACUGGUUAAAUUAAAGCUAGUCAGCCCAAUAAGUAAAUCUCAAAAUAACAAUAAUCACCAAAAUUAACAAAAAAAACAUUUUAAAAGAGAUUUGAUGGUUUUAUUACAAUUUAAAUGCUGUAACCAUUUUUUAAUUUAUCAGAAGCUUUAUUUUGGAGUGAAAAACGAGUGAUUGAAUCAUGUUUUUUAGUUGAUUUGCGCUUGGUUCUUAACCUUUUGUAUUAAUUUAGAUAAUAAUUUGCUUUCAAACUACACAAUUUAUACUUUGCUUUUCCCAUAACAUUACUUGAUUGAUUAAUUGAUCAUUUUGUUCAUAUUCAUAUUUUGUUUAUGAGUUUUCUAUUGAAUAUGAGUAUGGAAAAAAGGUGAUAAUUAUGAUUAUUGUUAUUGAAAUUAGGUACAGUUAAUCUUUAUUUUGUGAAACAAAAUUAUCAUUACCGAAAAGAUGUUUAACACAGCGAAGUAACAAUAAGAAACCAACAUUCUAACGAGUAAUACCCAAACUUACACUCAACUCUGGCUACAAGUAACCAAAUCAUUUUGUUUUGUUUUAUUUAAAAAUCUUGUAUAGCCAACACAUUCACACCAUUCAUCUUCAUAAUUCACGUUCAUCAAUCAACCGAUCUCACCUAAUUAAUUUAAUUUGAUUCCUCUGUUUGAUCACAUUCUAUUUAUAUUAUUUACUGUAUUAACUUUUUGCAUAUCAAAAGACCACCAAAGAUUUUCAUUUUUACUUUUGCCUCUCUUCUGUAUUCUUUCCAUCCCAUCGUACAUUUCUUUUGUAUUGACUCGACAACAACAAAACAUUAAGUUGUAAAUAAAUUGUUUGAAA